AUGAUAAUGCUUCUGCCACAAUUACCGUCAGAAUUACUUCUCCUCAUCGCGAGAUUCUUUGAAACAACAAGAGAUAUCAACUCAUUGUCUCAAGCGAAUAAACGCCUUCAUGCUCUCCUUGAUCGAUAUCUCUACACACUGGAUGCUCAGGGCUCAAAUGCCGCUCUAUUUUGGGGCGCUCAACGUGGAAACGAGGACACAGUGCGAAGGUGUUUACAAAUGGGAGCAAAAGUGGAAUUGAUGGAACUAGGCCGGACACCAUUAUCCUUGGCUGCAGAGCAUGGGCACGAGGCAGUGGUGAAGCUAUUGCUUGAGACAGAUGGGGUAGACGCCGACUCGAACAGAGGAGAGGAUCGUACACCUCUAUCUUUCGCUGCGGAAUACGACCGCUGGAAAGUGGUCGAGCUAUUACUUGAGACAGGCCGGGUAGACGUGGACUCAAAGGACAAUGACCUAUGGACACCUUUGUUUUAUGCUGCCGGUUCUGGAAGUGAGAGAGUGUUGAAGUUAUUACUUGAGACAGGCCAAGCGAAUGUAGACUCACGAGACUAUAGCCGCGAUACACCCUUAUCCUGGGGUGCAAUCAAGGGACAUAAAGGGGCAGUGAAGCUCUUACUGGAAACAGGAAUGACGGUUGUGCAUUCAGAGUCAGAGGGUUUAUUUGGUUGGAUGGGUCUACACUCGGCAGCACAGCAAGGAUGGGAGGAGGUCAAGAAGCUAUUGCUUCGGACAAGACAGGUGGAUAGGAAUUUGAGCGAAUCCGAAGGAUGGACUCUGUCCUCUCUAGUCGCCCUUGAUGCAUGUGAAGCGACCAUGAAGCUCCUUCUUGAGACAGACCGGGUCGCCUCGGAUUCGUGUCAUACAUCCUUUUCUUGGGCGGCAAGAUAUGGCCGUGGGGCUGUAGUGAGAUUAUUAAUGGAGACAGGUCAGAUUGGCGUGGACCCGAAGGAUUCUACACGCUAUAUGCCAUUAUCUCUGUCUGCUAAGUAUGGAUAUGAAGCCGUGGUGAACAUAUUACUUGGAACCCAUCUGCGAAGCAUGUCUACUAACAGACCUCAAAACGGGGAGAAUUUCGGUCAAACCUUUGGGUCCUGGCCCUAUGGUUAA